AUGCGUCAACACGAUCACACUCAUGAAAUUGCAAAACAAUCUAAUUCUGAAGAUGAUUGGGACGCAUACAAAAAAAUACGGAAUACCGUAACCAACAGCAUCCGUAAAAAGAUAAAGGAGUAUUUCACAUCAGCGAUUGAAACUAACAAAGGAGACUCUUCCAUGCUGUGGAAUAAACCGAAAUCGGUUCCAAGCUCAAUCACUUCCAAAAAUGGAAAAAAUGUAAAAAAUCAAGCCGAAAUUGCUGAUAUAUUUAAUGAGCAUUUCUCCACUAUUGUAGGACGUAUGGCAAGUAGUGACGACGUCACGCGCGAAAUUGAAAUGGACAAUGCCCAUUUAUCUUAUUCUGAACCAAUUCAGCAAUGUACUCUGCAUAAAAUCACGGAAGAUUUUGUUCGAAAACAAAUCACAUCAAUGUCGCCUUGCAAAGCAACUGGUCCGGAUGGCGUUAGUGUAAAAAUGAUAAAGCUUGCGUCUCCGUACAUUAUUAAAUCAUUAACGCACGUAUUGAACCUCUAA